GAGAGAGCGUGUCCGCUGCCCAAUGACAGAGCAGGAUGCUGAGAGAGGCUGCUGGGGUGAAUGGAGGCGACAAGAUGCCGUCUAGAGCGGCGAAGGAGAGGAAUUAACAUCGAUCAAGAUCUUACUUCGAUGCGCUCCACCUAUUAGGGCAUGAAAUAAGUCACCCAUGUGUGGUUCAGAGUGUCAGAGCAGGCUCAUUACAGCGCGCUCCUGUUAAGGACCCUCUGGUGGCUACACCGCCGAUUCACAGGACAUGUACGGCAGUGCCAGAGCUGUAGGCCAUAUAGAGAGCAGCCCCGCACGGUCCCCGCGCCUGCCAAGGUCCCCCAGACUGGGCCAUCGGAGGGCCAACAGUGGGGGCGGGGGUGGUGCGGGGGGCAAGACGCUCUCCAUGGAGAACAUCCAGUCCCUCAACGCUGCCUACGCUACUUCGGGGCCCAUGUACCUGAGCGACCAUGAGGGCGUGGGCUCCACUGCCACCUAUCCAAAAGGCACUAUGACUCUGGGUCGCGCCACCAGCCGGGCCAUGUACGGGGGCCGCGUCACAGCUAUGGGCAGCAGUCCUAACAUUGCUUCAGUGGGACUGCCUCAUCAUGCUGACCUUCUGUCAUACAGUGACCUGGGUUCCCUCUCCAUGCUGCACCACCACCACCAUCAGGGGGUGCCCUCUGCCUUGCUGAGGCAGGCAGUGCGGGGCAGUGGGGGGGAGCUGCUGGAGAUGCAGGCCCAGCUCAGGGAUAUGCAGAGGGAGAAUGAGCUGCUGCGCAGAGAGCUUGAUCUGAAAGACAGUAAGUUGGGAUCUUCCACCAACAGCAUCAAGAGCUUCUGGAGUCCCGAGCUGAAGAAAGAGAGAAUUAUGAGGAAAGAGGAGGCGGCUCGCACAUCAAUCCUGAAAGAACAGAUGAGAGUCACUCAUGAGGAGAACCAGCUGCUGGAUGCCAGGAGAACCAAGCAUCUUCAGAUGACCAUCCAGGCUCUGCAAGACGAGCUGCGCACACAGCGAGACCUGAACCACCUGUUGCAGCAGGAAAGUGGCAACCGCUCGGCCUCUGAGCACUUCACCACUAUUGAGCUGACGGAGGAGAACUUCCGUCGGUUACAGGCCGAACAUGACAGACAGGCCAAGGAGCUCUUCUUGCUUAGAAAGACCCUAGAGGAGAUGGAGCUGAGGAUCGAGACCCAGAAACAGACACUGGGUGCCAGAGAUGAAUCCAUCAAAAAGCUGCUGGAGAUGCUGCAGAGUAAAGGGCUGCCCCCGGGGCCAGGCAGGGCAUCCGAGGAGGAGGAGCAGGAGAGAGCCAGGCGCAUUGCUGAGGCAGAGGCCCAGCUCGGACAUCUGGAGGUCAUUCUUGAUCAAAAGGAGAAGGAGAACAUUCAUCUGCGAGAGGAACUGCACAGAAGAAAUCAGCUGCAUCAGGAUCCGAGCAAGACCAAGGCACUGCAGACCAUCAUAGAGAUGAAAGACACCAAAAUUGCCUCUCUGGAGCGCAACAUUCGAGAUCUGGAGGAUGAGAUCCAAAUGCUGAAGGCGAACGGCUUAUUGAACACAGAGGACAGAGAGGAGGAGAUUAAACAGAUGGAGGUCUACAAGAACCACUCAAAGUUUAUGAAGACCAAGAUUGACCAGCUGAAGCAGGAGUUGUCAAAGAAGGAGUCGGAGCUGCUGGCUCUGCAGACAAAACUAGAGACCCUCAACAAUCAGAACUCAGACUGCAAACAGCAUAUCGAGGUGCUCAAAGAGUCUCUCACUGCCAAGGAGCAACGUGCUGCCAUCCUGCAAACAGAGGUGGAUGCUCUGCGUCUGCGUCUGGAGGAGAAAGAGUCCUUCCUGAACAAGAAAACCAAGCAGCUCCAGGACCUGACAGAGGAGAAGGGCACUCUUGCUGGAGAAAUCAGGGAUAUGAAAGACAUGCUAGAGGUCAAAGAAAGGAAGAUCAACGUCCUGCAGAAGAAGAUUGAAAAUCUGCAGGAGCAGCUGCGGGACAAAGACAAGCAGCUGGGCAACCUGAAGGACAGGGUCAAGUCUCUGCAGACCGACUCCAGUAAUACAGACACUGCCCUGGCCACCCUGGAGGAAGCGCUGUCAGAGAAGGAGCGGAUUAUAGAGCGUUUAAAGGACCAAAGGGAGAGAGAAGACAGAGAACGGCUGGAAGAAGUGGAGUCGUAUAAGAAGGAGAACAAGGAUCUAAAGGAGAAAGUCAACGGCCUGCAGAUAGAAUUAACAGAGAAAGAGUCCAGUCUUAUCGAUUUGAAGGAGCAUGCUUCAUCCCUGGCAUCUUCUGGCCUCAAGAAGGAUUCAAAGCUCAAGUCUCUGGAGAUCGCCAUCGAGCAGAAAAAAGAGGAGUGUAGUAAGUUGGAGACGCAGUUGCAGAAGCAAGCUGAGCAGCUAUUCAGUCACAUGAACAAUCCUAAGGCCCAUGAAGUGGAGCAGCAGUCCGGCUCCAGGGGGAACCCAGAGUACGUGGACCGAGUGAAACUGCUGGAGAAGGAGGUGAGCUACUACAAAGACGAGGCCAACAAGGCUCAGACGGAGGUGGAGAGGCUCCUGGACAUCCUGCGAGAGGUGGAGACGGAAAAAAAUGAUAAGGACAAGAAGAUUGCUGAGUUGGAAAGUCUAGCUCCCAGACAAGGAGGCAAAGACCAGACUAAAAAGGGUCCAAACAUCAAACUGGGACCACAGGGGGACAAGAAAGGCUUAGGACAAGACCCUCGUAAGGACGGCUCCAUGGACGGUGGCCACCACUUGAAGCUGGAGGAGCUGAUGAACACGCUGGAAAGGACGAGGCAGGAGCUGGAUUCCACCAAGCAGCGUCUCUCCUCCACACAGCAGUCACUGCAGGAGAGGGACACCCACCUCACCAACAUGAGACAGGAGCGUAGGAAACAGCUGGAGGAGAUCCUGGACAUGAAACAAGAAGCUCUGCUGGCAGUCAUCAGCGAGAAAGAUGCUAAUAUUGCACUGCUGGAACUGUCUGCCUCCAAUAAAAAGAAGACCCAGGAGGAGGUGAUGGCCCUCAAGAGGGAGCGGGACAAACUGAUGCACCAGCUGAAACAACAUCCUCAAGUCAUGUCAGGUCUUCAAGGAGUCAAGUCUCAAACACAAAGCAGAAUGAAGCUGAUAGCAGACAACUAUGAAGAUGAGCAAUAUCAUCCACACGGUCCUCACCACCCCCAGCCUCAGCCUCCACAUGCUCAGCCUCAGUCCCAGCCCCAGCCCCAGUACCCUCAUGCUCCCCACGGACAGCAGACUCCAUAUCCACACGCCCUACAUCCGCAACACCCACAGCACCCGCAGCACUCACAGCACCCGCAACAUCCGCAGCACCUGCAGCACGCACAAGCUCCCCCACAGCACCCACACCCCCAGCAGCCCCAACCCCAGUAUCCUCACCCUCCUCACCCGCAGCACCCCCAGCAGCACCCUCAGCACUCCCAGCAGCACCCUCAGCACCCCCAGCAGCACCCUCAGCACCCCCAGCCACCUCCCCAGCACCAACAGCACCCACGACCCCCACAGCCCCAACACCCUCACCAACAGCACCCACACACCCACAUGGCCCGCCCCAGCAAGGACCCCACCCCCAACAUCCACACCCCCAGCAUCCUCAACACCCUCAGCACCCACACCACGCUCAACAUCCACGUCACCCGUCGCCGCAUCAUCGUGGAGGACCAGCCCGAGGACCCCCACACGGCGGUCACCGCCCCGCUCCGGACCAGUUUCUAA